AUGACUUCUGAAAUUAUUGAAACCUGUCGUGCUCAUGACUUCACUGAUGUUAUUUUGGUCCAUGAGCAUCGUGGAGUACCAGAUGGCUUAAUUAUAAGCCAUCUGCCUUUUGGCCCAACUACUUAUUUCCAAUUACUCAAUGUUGUACUUACAAGACAUGACAUUAAGGGCAAGAAAGCCAUGGGAACAAUGCCUCAGGCUUACCCUCAUUUGAUUCUUAACAAUUUCACAACUAAGGUGGGUGAAAGGGCAGCUAAUAUUUUGAAGCAUCUCUUUCCUCCUCCAAAGCCAGAAACAAAACGCAUAAUUACUUUUGCCAAUCAGUCUGACUAUAUUUCUUUCAGGCAUCAUAUUUAUGAGAAGCAGGCAGGUCCAAAGUCUGUUGAGCUCAAGGAGAUUGGUCCUCGGUUUGAGUUGCGGCUUUUCCAGAUAAAGUUAGGAACAGUAGAUCAAAGUGAAGCACAGACAGAAUGGGUCAUCCGACCUUAUAUGAAUACAUCAAAGAAGAGGAAGUUUCUUGGGGAUUAACACAACUGCAUCAUCCACUUUACUCUUGCUUUUCAUAAGUAGAUGAUUUUUGUUUUGUUCAAAUUCCUCCUAAUUAAUAUUCUUCUAGAAAGAAAUGUAGUUUUUCAUGUUAUGUCUUUCUAUGCCAUUCUUUAGUGAAUGGUCAUUUCCCAAUUGGUGGUCAAUGUAAAAUUUUUGAUAGUAAGAUCUUAAUAUUGAGCCUGUUUUGCAUACCACAAA